AUGGAGUUGCCCCCAAAAGUGAAGAACAUCUUGCUUCUUGAUUCCGAAGGAAAGCGUAUCGCGGCUAAGUAUUACUCAGACGACUGGCCAACGAAUGCAACAAAAGAAGCAUUCGAAAAAUCUGUCUUCACAAAGACUCAGAAAACAAAUGCUCGUGCCGAAGUGGAAGUGACGGCAAUGGAGAACAACAUUAUUGUAUACAAAGUCGCGCAAGAUCUUCAUUUCUUCGUUACGGGUGGUGAAGAAGAAAACGAGCUCGUCUUAGAAAGUGUGCUUCAAGGACUCUUUGAUGCAGUGAAUCUUCUCCUUAGAGGCAAUGUUGAUAAGAGAGAGGCAUUAGACAAUCUUGAUCUCAUCUUUCUAUGCUUCGACGAAAUUAUCGAUGGCGGUAUUGUUCUGGAGACGGAUGCGAAUGUGAUCGCAGAAAAGGCGGGAAUCAAUAGCAGUGACCCUAACGCUCCUCUCUCCGAGCAGACGAUAAGUCAGGCACUAGCGACUGCAAGAGAGCAUUUUAAGAGGUCACUUAUGAAUUGA